GACAGACGCGCCAAAGAUAAAGGCAUGAAGCCGAGCCUCGAUCGCGGCCUCUCGGUUGAUCUCAUCGGUGAUCUGGCGCCCUUCCGGUCUGACAGCGGCACCUGUGCGCGUGUCAUAAAUCGGCUCAGGUGGGUGUCCCAGGCGUGACGUCAGCGCUGGGCAAACAAACGCGAGCGCUCCGGUAAGGUGAAGUUCAGUUAAAGUAAAACUUUUCAGCUCGCGAGGAAAAUGUCCGUGAGCUUCCUGCUGGACGCGGCCAUGUACGGCAACCCCGCGAGACACCUGAACCUCAGCCAGCCUCACCUGAACGUCUACCCUUCUGCCCCGUACCCGGACUACAGCGGAUACCACCCGGGUCCGGCCCUCGGGAAUGACCUGCAUCACACCGGCAGCUCGUGGAGUCCCGGGUUCGACCCGAUUUCGCGCGAGGACUGGCCGCCGCUAUAUGGUCACGGCACGGGCCACUCGCUCCCGGCGAACGGCGUGGAGGUCAGCGUCAUUCCGCCCGUGGACCAGGGUCUGCUGAGCGGCGCUCCGAGCGCGCCGGUGGACAGAGAAGAGCCGCUGGACUGGAUGAGACGCACCACGGCUCCAGUGAACCUGGGAGGAAAGACACGGACGAAGGACAAGUACAGAGUGGUGUACAGUGACGUACAGCGUCUGGAGCUGGAGAAGGAAUUUCAUUUCAGCCGCUACAUCACCAUCAGACGGAAGGCGGAGCUCGCCGGGGCCCUGAGCCUAUCAGAACGCCAGGUGAAGAUCUGGUUUCAAAACAGACGAGCCAAAGAAAGGAAAAUGAACAAGAAGCGACUCCAGCAGUCUCAGCUGAGCUCCACGUCUACACCGGUCAGUCUGUCCGGCCACGCCAACACCGCCAUGGUCAGCAGCACCAAUAACAGCUUGAUGACAGACAAUAUAUCGACCAGCAUCAAAGAGGAAUACUGAAAACUCUUCCAGACAGAAGGAUAAACAGGACAUGUUUACACUGUUUCAGUGACACUGAGUGGAGCGUUCAUAUUGCACUACAUGAAAGACACGCAAACACGUUUUAUUGUGAAUAACGCGCACAGUAUUUCAAUUUUUGUAAAAAAUCUCAGAGUAUGUUGAACGACUGAAGAUACGCGUCAUAAUGGUUUCUAAAUGUCUAAACUACUUUUGAUAUGACCUCACAAGCUACUAAUGAUGAUCUGAUGACUAUAUUUGUAUCACUACUGCUUUGCUUUACUAUGUUAAAUAUUUUACACCCGCGGGAUGAUGGAAAAAUUACUUCUUUUUUGAACUGGUGCCUCUGUGUAAUCAUUCAUUUGUAAACAGUGCAUAAUUUUAAUAAAAAAAAUAAUAUUUGAGGA